AUGUUCCAGGCAAAUUUGACAUCUGUAACAAUUUUUUUGUUCCUGGGAUUUUCCCACUAUCCCAAAGUGGACGUCACUGUAUUUGUGCUGUGCUUGCUGAUGUACUUGACCACCUUGCUGGGUAAUAUGAUUCUGAUCUCCAUCACCAUCCUGGAUUCCCGCCUACACACACCCAUGUACUUCUUCCUUAGCAACCUCUCCUUUCUGGACAUCUGGUACACCUCUUCUGCUCUCGCUCCAAUGCUGGCCAACUUUGUUUCAGGGAAAAACACCAUCUCAUUCUCAGGAUGUGCCGCUCAGAUGUACUUCUCUCUUGCCAUGGGCUCCAGUGAGUGUGUGCUCCUGUCCAUGAUGGCAUAUGACCGGUAUGUGGCCAUCUGCAACCCCCUGAGAUACCCCAUCAUCAUGAACAAGAGGGUCUGUGCGCAGAUUGCAGCUGUCUCCUGGGUGACAGGCUGCCUCACUGCCUUCGUGGAAACAGUGUCUGUGCUGCAGCUGCCUCUGUGUGGAAAUAGCAUCAUCGAUCAUUUUGCUUGUGAAAUUCUGGCUGUCUUGAAACUAGCUUGUGUGGACACCUCCAAGGUGAAGUUAAUCAUGCUGGUGAUCACCAUACUUCUUCUCCCUAUGCCAAUGCUCCUCAUUUGUAUCUCUUAUGCGCUCAUUCUCUCCAACAUCCUGAGAAUCAGCUCAGCAGAUGGUCAAAGCAAAGCCUUUUCAACUUGUGCAGCCCACCUGACUGUGGUAGUUUUAUUCUAUGGGAUGGCUCUUUGUGUAUACUUGAAGCCCUCAGGUGUAGAUUCAAAAGAAAUAGAUAAAUUUAUGACUUUGGUAUAUGCUGGAUUAACCCCCAUGUUGAAUCCUAUCAUCUACAGUCUACGAAACAAAGACGUGAAAGCAGCUGUGAAAAAAUUGCUGAUUAGAAAUCCUUUCGGUACUGCUUUAAUUUCUGUCCUCAAAUAA